CAAGCGGCUCUCAGCUGAGCUCCUCACUUGAUGUCCACUUGCACACUCUCCAACGCAAAAUCACGGCUAUCAUCAGACGCGUCGCGACACUUGCCUUCACACCCGCUCAGCCCUGAGCCGGUGUGCGUAGGCGCGCAAUCAUCUCUACACCAAAACAUUGCACUCCCGCAACAAGAAAACCACUUGGUCGCUCACUCUUCUGGACCUGAAACAGGCUCUGUCUCUUGUGAGUGAUGCCUAAUUCUGUGUGAGGCAUCCGACGGGAGCAAGCGGAAGAAAAAGGAGCGCUCCCGACCCCAAACUCAGACCCCUGUCCCAAAAAGCAGCAGAUGUGACAGAAGAGGAGAGGCGGAGAAAGAGAAAUACAAUCUCCCCCACCCCUCCUUCCCUCAUCUGGGAGAACAAUACCCAGCCUGCAGUUGGAGAGGGUCAGCUUUUGUCCCUCUCCCCACAAUCCCGCUGAAGAGCGCGAGCAGACACGCUGACACAUUGACCUGCUGCUGUGAGAGGAGCAGACAGUGCAGAACAGUUGCUACGUUCUGAACAGUUUUAAUUCAGUACUUGGACAGCUCCUGAGAGGCGACGAGCGCAUGUGUGUGUUUCCAUGAGUGAGUAGACUGAUUUGUUUUGGUUCGGAGACCAAGAAGCACAGAUGCAGCCCCCGUGUACACUCCAGCUCGGCCCCUGUGGCCCCUCUCCAUCCCUGGGAUCGCAGAGCAGCACCGUCGGCUUCCAUCAGCUGGAAGAGAAGCAGCUCUUUGAGAAGUUUUGGAGGGGGACUUUCAAGGCCGUGGCCACCCCGAGACCGGAGAGCGUCAUCGUGGCCAGCAUCACCGCCCACCGGAGGGUGACCAACUUAGAGACAACCGCCUGCCAGCCGCUCAAGACUGAGGAGAGGAAAUCGGUGGACACCAGGGUGGACACCAGGGUGGACACGGCGGACAGACAUGGCUGCAUCAAAGGAAAAAGACGCAAACACCACAGUCAUCGCAGGGCUAGAAGCCCUUCCUUUGAUGAGGAACUAGCCCCCCUGCCCAAAGGGAAGAAGAAGAAGAAGAGAAAGUCUGAACGGAAGAGGAAAAGGAAAAGGUCUCCUUCCUACAGCCUGUCGCCACUGAGGAAGAAGAAAAAGAAGAAGAAGAAGAGCUCCAAGAAAAGCAAGCGGCAUAGGUACACCUCCAAAAAGUCAAAACACAGUUCUUCAAGUUUAAAACGUAAGAGGAAGGAUGAGCGCAAGCACAAGAAAAGUUCACGGACUCACUCGCGGCGGAGACGACGCUAUCGGAGGUCAGAGUCGGAAAGUUCUACUUACCAAUCUUCCUCAGAGGACAGACACCAUCUGCAGAAAUCUGUGGUACAUCAGGCAUUAGGAGACCUGGCAGUCGUAGUCGGGGAAAGCAAUGGAGUGCUUGACCACACAGACAUGAAGUGGAGAUCUGCCACCAAAUCAGUGUGUAAAACGGCUCCAAAAUAUCGCUCCAUCCUCUCAACUGCCACCAUUUUGUCGUCAAAACCCGGAAGCAAGCUUUUACACGGAAAAGGGUCUCGGCAUUUAUCGAGCCAGACCGAAGGUCCGCACGAUUACGAUUCUGGGAAUGACACAUGUUCGCCGCCAUCAAGCAAAACUGGCGUUACUCAGGCAAAUGUCACUGACAACAAGAAGAGCCACCGUAAACGCAUGGCCUCUCCAGAAAAGCUGAAGUUCACUGACAAAGACAAUGGCUCUGAUUCAGGAAACUCUGUGACAAGCUACGCUUCCCUGUGCAAACCUUACAUGGAGGACGACUUGUCUGCAACCCUUUACAGUGGAAACGGCAAGAGAGAGGAGAUAACCUUAGGGUGCCGGGUAGAGGUUGUGAGAUCUCCAAAGCCUUCCAGCUGUCCACAGAGGAGGAGAGAUUCGUCUCGAAGGCGCCAGUCAUCCAGCAGCUCGAGCAGGAGCAGAUCCUCGGGGAGUUCCAGAUACUCUGGCCGCUACUCUCGUAGCCUGUCGCUGUCAUCUUUCAGCUCGUACUCGCCUUCACCGAGUUAUUCAGCUGACCUGAGGCGACGAGGCAGCGUGGCCAGCCUAAGCUCCACAGGAAGCUACUCCAGACACAGUGCUGACAGACUACGAGACAGAAAGAGAAUGCAUAGCUCCCGAGAGAAACAUGUGAAGCAUGCACAUAAGGUUAGUGGGAAGAGACGAAGACGCAAAUCCUACUCUCCUAUGAAGAAAAGGAGGAGAGACUCGCCAAGCCACCUGGAAGCACGCCGAAUCACAAGUGCCAGGAAGCGACCCAUCCCUUACUUCCGACCCAGCCCUUCGUGCAGCAGUCGAUCCACCAGUGUGUCAUCCUGGAGCAGCCUCUUCACCCGCAGCCGCAGUCGCAGCCCCAUCCACAGUAUUAGCCGGAGCCGGAGCCACAGUUACUCCUCCUACAGGAGCUUCAGCCGCAGUUCAUCCUGGAACUCAAUCUUUGGGACCCGCAGUCGCAGCCGGAGCCGCGGUUCAUUGACCAAACGCAACAGAACGAGGCACUAGGUUUCUAAGGGCACAUUAAAGGACGAGAGCAGGUACGGUGGAUGUUGGAGCAGUUGUCUGUGUGCGUCUCCGUGCUCCACUUUGACACUUGAGUGGAAAUGUCCCAGCAUGGGGUCCGACCACGUCUUUCAUUGAGGCAGUCUUGUUUGCUCUCUGCCUACAGAGACCACUGGAGACCGAAUGUCUUUUUGUUUGUUUUGAUCUUGUACUGCAUUCUCUUGCAUCAGCACUCACAAUGGCCUGAGACUAUUUAUCUUUUAGAUGUUACUAAAGAAAAUGCACAUGGGACUAGACAGUGUUCCUGUAUUUGGUCAACAAACAUUGCUGUUCCUUAUUUUAUGUCCAUUCACUUCCCAUUGAAUUACUGUCCUAAGUAAAUGUUCAAUAUGUAUUU